AUGGAAAAAUACGAAGUUUUAAAACAAGUGGGCGAGGGAUCUUUUGGACAAGUGUACAAAGCAAAGAAACGAUCUGAUGGUGAAAUUGUAGCUUUCAAACGUGGUAGAUCAUUCAAAGAACUAAAAAGUUUGCGUCAGGAAUGUGAGAUUCAACGUCAUCUUCAUCAUCCAAACAUAGUACAAAUGCUUGAUUCGUUUGAAACAGAAAAUGAGAUAGUUGUUGUGACUGAGUAUGCAGAGAAGGAAUUGUAUGAAAUAUUAGGUAAAGCAGGUCGUCUGUCUGAACAAAGAGCACAAGUAAUAGCUUGUGACCUUGUAUCUGCACUCUACUAUUUACAUUCCAACAGAGUAUUACACAGGGAUCUUAAACCACAAAAUGUACUCUUAGAAAGCAAUGGAGUGGCAAAGUUAUGUGAUUUUGGGUUUGCUCGCAGUAUGAGUACAGGGACACAUGUCUUAACUUCUAUAAAGGGAACGCCAUUGUACAUGGCUCCAGAACUUAUAGAAGAACGUCCUUAUGAUCAUAAUGCAGAUUUAUGGUCUUUGGGCUGUAUUGUGUAUGAACUAGUUGUAGGGUCUCCACCUUUUCAAACAACUUCUAUUCUACAUUUAGUCAGAUUAAUAAGAUUUGAAGCAAUAAAAUGGCCGGAUUAUAUUUCCCAAAAUUGCAAACAAUUUCUGCAGGGAUUAUUACAAAAGGAUCCUUCGCAAAGAUUAACAUGGCCAGCUCUUUUAGACCAUCCUUUUGUCAAAAAUAGGAUAGUGAUAGUAGGUGAAAUUGGACCUACACCAUUCACUACACCUUUAUCUGUGAGUCAAGCUAGGGAAAAACAAUUGCAACUACAGAACUUGGCAAUGCAACCUACUGAUCAUCAGUCAAAAUUUUUAGAGAAAGCUAUUAAAAAGUUACAAGAGCAUGAAAGAACAAUUGAAGAACGUCACCAGAAACCAUUCAUAUCGCAUCCACGUUAUCCAUUAUCACAUGGAUAUUGCCAUCAUGAAAUGAAUCAAUGUUACACUCUACGACAUAGCGAGCCGAGUGGAACAGACUCCAGCACUAGCGUCGAUGUAUUAUUAGGAAAUCUUAGUUUAAGAGCAUCAUUAAAAAGCGACUUACUCUCAGCGGAUCAUGCCUUAUGUCGAAGUGAUUGCCCGAAUACUGGACAUUCAACAAGUAAACAAACCAUCUUAACAUUUGAUCAGGUGUCAAAUAUGAAAUUAUCUAAUUAUUUGAAUGAACAAAAUUCGAGGCAACAUCCGGAAGAUGAAAAACCAGAAAAGAACGAUGGAAAUAAAUUGAAUCUCAUGCAACAAAUUGUUCCUCGAGAAGUUGAGACAACAACUCACCCUGAAAGAGACUGUGAAAAUGACGAAUACGCGUGUAAUCAAAAACUAAGUAACCAAAGAGACAAUUCAGCUAACAUUGGAAUAUCAUGUAACAACAGAAUACCUGAUUGGAAUCCAAAAGCCGUUGAUAGGCCGAUCGAAAAUGAAGAAUGGAUAGCAUUUCUACAACGAUCCAUGGAGGAGAUCAUGGACGGUGAAGUAGGAUCGUUACUUCAACAAAAUUGCGUAUCGGUGUUUGUAUCACCGUUAAGAAACCCAGCAGCCAGUUGUCGAGUUGUUGAAUACGUUGCUUGUCUUUUGUCUUUGCCAUUCGUCGUAUCAGUGACGAAAGAUUCUCUUGAGAAGAUCAUGCAAGUAUACUUGGACGUUCGAGUGGUACCAAACCUCGUUUACUCUUUGAAACUUUUAAUGUCUGAACGUACCGAAUCUGAAGUGGACAAAAAGUCUGAACCAACAAAUGCAAACACCAGAUCAGCAUCCACGUUAUCCGCAGACGAGCUGCAAACCUUAGAAUACAUGAUGCUCGUACUUUGCAGAUUAGUUUACAAUCGACAACAAUUUCUCACUCAAUUCUGCGACGCUGUUUAUAUCGUAAACGGAGUAACGUUGUUGCAACAAUUGUUGAGUUUGGAAAAGAGAAAAGCACGCGUAGUCACAGACCUUGUUGCAAUUUUGAGCAACAUAUUGCGUUCUCAGCCAGAAAACGCUCAUCUCGUGGAAAAAGUUGUAUUACAUUCGCAUUUAUCGGGAAAUCCGAUAGAACAGUUAGAUAAACUGCUCACACAUCGACAAGCAGUAGUCAGAAUGAGAACUUGUCAGUUGAUUAGACUCUUGGCCAGGUUUUCUUGUAGAGCUUUGCAACAAGUCUGGUGUAAAUCUCUGAAGAAUUUAGUAGAAAGUUUAAUCGUUGACAAUGAUCAGUGUGUAAAACUUGUAAGUAAUAAAAUUAUGAUUAAAAUAAAACAGAUAAGAAACUUGGACCAGUGAUGGUUUAAAAUGUAGGUUCGUGAAUACAUACGAGAUAUACUUUUAGGCCGCCGAAGAUGCAAUUAAGGAAUUAAAGGAAUUGAUGUACUACAAUCAACAAAAUCCUGUUACUUGA